AUAUUAGUUAUUUAAAAAAGACGUCAUGAGGUUUGCUUAUGAUAGUAAAUCACAAAUUUAACUGAAAUUAAAUGAAUGAAUUCACUGCCCAGCAUGAAAUAAUUUUUUCAAAAGAAUAAAAACGGCAAUUUUGUCAAAAGUUUAAAAAACAAAAACUACCAAUGUCGCAGAUUUUCGACAUUCAGUGUUAACACAGCAGAAUAUUGUCAAACAAAAAUAAUGUUAGUACAGGUUAUUUUUUUGAUACAAGUGGUAAAGGACGGAACUAGUACAAUUAUUAAAAAAUGAUAACAUUUUUAAAAUAACGCUCAGAACAUAGAUAAAAGAGAAUUAUUUGAACUUCUCAUCAAUAAUGUCCUUUGCACAAAUUUGUAGAAUGUGCUUAAAGAAAAAUAAUGACUUAAAAGAUAUUUUUAUGGUGGAAUUAUUAGGAGGACUACUAAUUUCGAUAGCAGAAGCUCUACAUACGUUUAUUUCAGUUCAGGUUAUUGAUACAAAUGAUGGACUUCCUCAACAAAUAUGUGUGGAAUGUAUAAACAGAUUACGUGAAUUUUAUUCUUUUAAAAGAACAUGUGAAGACUCUGAUAAAAAAUUAAGAAUCAUAAAAACUGACUUAGAGAUUGCAGACAAUGAUACUGACUUAAUAAAUGAUACAAAUAGUAUUGAAGAUGGUAGCAACAAUAAAAAGAAACAUUGUAGGAAAUACAUUACAGUAUCAUAUUCAAAUAAGCUAUGGCAGAGAUUAGAAGAUAAGGAGAAUUCUGGUCAGGACUUUAAUGAUCAGAAACGAAAGAACUUAGUUAAACUAAAUGAAAAGAAAUCUUGUAAAAAUAACACAUGUUUUACAUGUAACAAAAGUUUUAGAUUUGCCAGCAUUUUGGAAAGACAUAAACUUGUACACACUGGAGAAAAACCGAUUUUGUGUAAUAUUUGUGGUUGUAAAUUUACUCAAAUGUCAUAUUUAAAAAUACAUUCUCUAAAACAUACAGGAGAAAAACCAUAUAAAUGCAGUGUUUGUGAAAAGAGUUUUGCUGCAAGAGGAACCCUAAAGAGUCAUAUAAGAACACAUACAGGAGAAAAGCCGUUUGUGUGCAAGAUAUGUGGAAAACUUUUUCCACAGUCUGGGUAUUUAUCAUCCCACAUAAGAAUUCACACUGGAGAGAAGCCUUUAGAAUGUAAAGUAUGCUUGAGAAGAUUUAAUCAAAGUAGUAGACUGGUAACUCACAUGAGAAUACAUAGUGGAGAAAAACCAUAUUCGUGCUCCUAUUGCGGGCGUAAUUUUGCUAUCAAGGGAACACUGACCAAGCAUAUUAGAACUCAUACCGGCGAGAGACCAUAUAUUUGCAGCAUUUGCGGACAAACAUUUGCACAAAAUGGAACUUUAUUAACUCACAUGAAAACUCACAAGGAUUUAACUACAACAAACAAAUAACAAUAAAUGUACACGAUUUUAAAUGUAUUUUUAAAUAAAAACUAAUAUAAAAAUAAACGGCAAUUGGGAAAAAAAAUGACAACUGACGACUGACAAUUAAUUACCUAACCUCAAAUUUUAGACGAAAAAAAAAGUACGGUUAAUUUUGUAUGUUAAAGCUUACCGGAAAACUAUAUUUAAAUAAAUGAGUGUUGUAUUAAGCUUUGUACUACUAAUUUAAAUAAUUAAUGUAUUUUCUGGUGUGUGCACGUGUUUUAUGACUUUUUGUAAAUGGCAUCAGAUUCUGAAUCAAACAGAAGUGUUAGUCCUGUUGGUCAUACAACGGCACCCACACCAGGGUACAAUUUAGACCGGUCUCGUUCUAAUUCUCCUAAUUAUGAUAAUAAUGCACAUAACAAUCGUUCGAGAUCUUCUUCAGUAAAUUCAAAUGCAUCUGAAAGAUCUCAGAGUGGAGUUUCAGAAAGAUCUGGAUCUGCCGCCUCAAAUCGGUCGGAAUCUAGGAAAUCUAGAUCGCAAUCAAGAAGUGUAAGAUCAAACCGUACCCCUUCAAAUGAAUCACAGAAAUCAAGGUCAGUUUCAGUUCAAUCUAACAGAUCUUCUGGGUCAAACCGAUCAAGAAAUUCCUCAAUAGCAUCAAACAGGUCAAGAUCACAAUCAGCAGUUUCUGAAAAGUCUAUAGAAAGUGGUAAAAGUAAAUCUCAAUCACCACAAUCAAAUCGGUCCCAUUCUGUUGCAUCUAACAGGUCAGGAUCUGUUGCAUCUAAUAGAUCUCGAUCAGCAGCCUCAAAUAGAUCAAAAUCUCCAGAUUCAAAUAGAUCUGGAUCAGCAGCUUCAAACAGAUCCAGAUCGUCAUCUGUGCACUCUAAUAAAUCUGCACCGUCACAAAAAUCCAGAUCACCAUCUGCAGAUUCCAACAGGUCACGGUCACGUUCUGCUGUUUCAAUCAAAUCAAGAUCUGCUGAAAGUUCCCAUAGUUCAAGAUCUCACUCUGUAGGUUCACGUAGGUCGAAGAGUGCAGAGUCAAACAAAUCUGGAAGAAAAACUCCUGAUAGUAGAUCAAAUAGCCCCAACCUACAAAUUGAUGCAGGCUCACCAAGUGACCAUGAAGACCAGAAACGUAAAAGAGAUAGUUCAGAAGAAAAAGAAACCAGAAAAAAGACUAAAAUCCUUUCCGAUAGCGAAAAUGAGGGAGAAAAUGAAAAUGGGAAGAGUGAAGAACCUAGUGCUGCAGCACUGUUCGGAGAUGCUGACGAUAUAAGUAGUGAAGAAGAAAAGGAGAAGGAAAAGGCAGUAGA